AUGUCUGCUGCCAAUAUCGACUUUGCCGCAUCGCAUCACGAUUUCGAAUCCAUCGACGCCCCAGAAGCACAGAACGACCCAUCAGACAUUCUUAGCGGACCAGCAUUGCCGUUGAGCAUUGCGACCCAGAGAAUGAUCUCACGGGCGAAGCAUUCGUCAAUGACAUCGCUUAACUCAGCUGCAGCGAGCACUACGUCUUUCAGCACAUCAUCGAAAUAUUCGGCCGUCUACGAGAAGACGACUUUCGUGACGUCUAAGACCAUCGCAUCGCUCAAUGCGGUCAUCACCAAGUUCGCUGGGCGUAUCGUAUAUCAUUUAUCGGCGUCGAAUUGGAAUAUCGUCUUGGACAAAAUCCGAGUCAAGAUUCGUUCACUUUCUCGUGCGACUGAAGACGAUCCGGAUAUCAUAGACUUGCAGCUGAUGAUAUACAGUGCCUUGGACAGAAACCGACUCGUCCAAUCUCUACAGGAAGUCUCAUCGCUACUUCUACAUAUGAAGACGGAUGCUCAGGCAGCAGUAGCAAUACCUCUCCGUGCUGCCAUUUGGAACUGGAUUGAUCUAUUUCCGGAUGAAUUUGGUGACAACAUUCGGUAUAGUCGUCGUAUGGAGGGUGCUCCAGAGCGUGUUUUUGAUAUUUUGUUUGAUUCGCAAGAGGGGUCACAGAAGACUGUCUUUUGGCCCACGCUGACCGCACUUGUUUGCAUCAGCUCGGAACGGAUGAAGGUUGACUUCCAGGAGAAUUCCAUGGGUAUGUCGAGGGGUCAGCAUGGUCGCAGGGAUCGCCAGUUCUUUGAGCUUAUCAUGCGAAGUUUGUCGUCUCUGACUAAGUAUUCUGAAGAAGCCUUGAUUUGUGCAUUGGAUGUAUGUCGAGCGGCAUUUCGCGUUCAUCUGGAGGAUGGCGCAGAGCAUCCAUUGCACCUUCUUGCACAUGAUAUUGCACACGAGCUCAAGCGCCUCCUAUGGAAUUGGAAUAAUCAGAAACCUUUCUGGGAGUGCGAUGAGAUAGAUGUCGCGCUGGUUGCUGAUGUCCUGGUGACUAUCUAUCGAUAUCUCCCACCAGAAGAAUCGCUCCCCCUCUUCGGUCUCUGUGUCGAUCCAGAGCGGUCUCCUGCGGUCAAAAUCACUGUCGCCAAGGCCUGCAUUACACUCAUUGAAGAAAUGCCCGUGGCAACGACCUCUGGAAGAUCUAAGGUCAACACUCAUGCUUCGAAUUUUGCGCAUCUAUCAGGCAAUGAGUUAGACGAACAAGGGAACAUGAAACGACCCAAUGCACGGCCCAAGGCAAAACGAUACACUGCUGAAACGCUGCCAGACCGCGAAUUACUAGCAUACUCCUUGAUGGCGCUGUUUCGCGUUGAUCCACUAUGGUUUUUAUCCACUAUGGACAAUGCUCAAAUCCCAGAAUACGUUCCAAUUGCUGUCGCAUGCUGGCAUGCUCCACUUGAUCUUGCCAUUAAAAUGGCCAUGGCUCGAACGUUACGCAACAUGAUUGAUACUGUGGUAAAGAUGAGCACUGCCCAUACUUUUUAUGAUGCAUGCAGCAAUUGGGCAGUUCAUGUAACCCCGGCAACGCUUGCGACGUUCUGCACAAACCUGCUCGAUGCACGAACUGACUUACAGGCUCAACGUGUGUGGAUCAAUAUGGCAUAUGAGAUCCUCUAUCGUUACACUCAACCCGCAAACACAGAGCAAACAAAGAAAAUUCAUUUAGCCAAAGAACGUCUGCCAGCAUUCGCCAUUGCGGAGAUUGCAUUUCUUGUUUCUCUAACAUCUGCCGACACUAGUGUCACGCUAACCGCUGCCCACUGUCUUCGCCUCCUCGCACAAGCUGAAACAGCGCCUGAUGCGCCUGUUGCAAGCGAGAUUAGUGACGACGAGCGAGUUAAACGUUACCCUGUUUAUGAACAACUUGGUGAUCCUAAGGUUAUGGUCAUUGGCAGAGUGGGUCACCAAAAACGUGUUCGCAAGCUUUUACGCUUGAUGCCGUCUUCUUCGCCGGUCCAUGUUGCAGUAUGGGAAGAAUGCUAUUUCCGUUGGUGCAUGAUGAACGAGCUAACUGUCCGAAUGUCCAUUCCUACAACCGCCGAUGGGUUCGAUACUGGUUCAGCACCAGUAGGGGAUAAAGUCAUGUCUGCUGAGGAGCGACAAGCACAAUGGCAAAACCUCACACUUUUCCUUGCAUCAUUUGGAUCAGCUUGCGUCAGAGAAUCAGAAGAUUUAUCGACGCUGAAGUUGAAUAUUGCUCCAUACUACCUUGCAGAUCAGAUGCGGGUCCUAAGAAAUCCCACAGAGCUCAUGUCGUCAUUUCUGCACGAGCUCAUCGACCUUUUGCUUGCUGAUUCUAUCAAUGUUCGAGAUACGGCGAAGGACGCGCUUGGCAAUGAGGCGAGUCCCCGACUGUACACGAAAAUCUUCAAGUCGCUAGACAACGUCGUACGUCAACUCGCUGAAGGAAAUAGUAUUGAUUGGGACAAUCUCGCCAUUUUUGUCGACCAGUUCCUCUCUGUUCUGAAAGUAUACGUUGAAAAUUCCCAAUGUCUCGAAGAACUCCGCAGUUUCGACCUCUGCUCCACACUGGCCGUUAUCGCUGGGUUCAUUGGACGUUAUCAUGAUGUUGUAUCUUACAGGCUUAGACUCAAGUUUUGCAACCUUUGUGAGGGUGUAUUUGAUCAAGCAGAGAAUAUCACCAUGCGCAAAGACAAUAGUGAUAGGCAGAAAAUUGCGGACAUUAUUAUUGAAUGGACACAAGAUGUUUCAGCGUGUGAACGUGACAUUGCAUCUAUUCAACGAGAUAUCAAUAACGCUGUAUUCCGAGCCGCAGUGAAGCUGUUUGAUCGUCUUCAGCUCCAAGUACCUGAUGGCGCGAGUGGGGAAGAAGCUGCCCAUGCCAUAUCGCGGCUUUUCGUUCGUUACUCGAGUUUCCUAUUCAAGGCCUGGGAACAUAUCCGCUGUGAGCCUCCACUCCCAGACGAUAGCUCGGCCGAUAAGUUGUCGAUACCCGGGUUACGAAUGCUCCAGCGAGACGGUGAAUCAAGAGAACUAGUGAUUACAGGCCUUGUGUCCCUUGUCAGUGCGAAUCCAGAAGUUGGCGUGAAGAACUGCCUGCCUCUGGCCUAUGAAGAGGAUCCGGUCAAGCGAAUUAUUUUUGCUUACGUAUUUGCACGAGUUCUUCCACAAGGGAUCGCUUUGAGCACGGUUGAGCCCCAGCCAAAUGUUCAACGUCAAAGUCGACUUUGUGAGUUGGUGAAAGGACCAGACCUGUCCUUGGCUAUAGCCGCGUGUGAAGUUUGUCCCGCCUCAGAAGUCGAUAACCUGAUAUCCGUCAUGCUGAAUUUGUUUGAUACAAGGUCAUCGCUGAUGACAUUGCUCAAGAAUAUGAUCGAGAUUGAAGUAGGGCGGACCGAAAACGACACAGCAUUGUUCCGUGGCAACUCGACCUGCACCCGUUUUCUCUCUGCAUUCGCUAACAUUUAUGGAUAUAAUUAUCUACGAAGCCUGGUCAUCCCUCUUAUCAAGACCAUGACUUCCAUGCCUGCCGGUCAUGGAUAUGAUUUAGAUCCCGCAAAAGUCGGCGAACAAGCUGCUCGGCGAAAUCAGGCGAAUAUUCAGCUGAUAACGUCUUCCUUCCUGGAGAUAAUACUCUCUUCGGUUCCAGUGGUGCCCCCGAUGCUCCGUGAGAUAUGUGCACACAUUGCGAAAGUUGUGAACCAAGUCUGGCCCGAAGCAAAAUUCGCAGCCGUUGGUGCAUUCAUGUUCUUGCGAUUUAUAUCCCCUGCAAUCGUCGCACCAGAGACAAUUGACAUAGAGGUUCCCAAAGAUGAUAUCACAAUUCGCCGGGGUCUGAUGCUAGUGGCGAAGAUCAUUCAGAACCUCGCUAAUAACAUCUUUUUCGGCAAGGAGGCGCAUAUGACCCCUCUCAAUGACUUUCUCAAAGCCAACAUCGUAAACGUGACUCGUUUCUUGAGCGAGUUGAACAAAUACGUUCCCUCGGGACCAGAAGACGAGCCAGAGGAAUGGCUCAACACCACAUAUGAUGACACGGACACCAUUGUACUCCAUCGGUUCUUCGAAAAGUAUGCUGAUAAAAUCGGCAAAGAACUGCUGACCGUUUCGAAGCCACCUGUGGAAAAAUUGACACCGCAGGCCGAGGCGCAUGUCGCCAACGGCAAGCGCGUUUGGGAUGCUCUGUGCGCCUCGUUGGUCGAGCUUGGCCAGCCUUUAGAAGCUGCUCGGAUCACGACUGCGUCUAGCCAAGAACACCGAGAGUAUCUCGAUCUGAUGGAAAGAUUCAAACACAGAGACACCACUCCCGUGCAGGGGCUUUUUGUAGAAGCUUUGUGUCCAACACCUCAAGAGCGGGCCAUAUUUGUGCUCUCUGUCUCUCGAGUUGACGUAGAAGUGCUGGAUAUUGAGCUGCUUCUAUAUUACAUGUUCAAAGUUCUCACUUCUCCUUCCAACGAGAGUCAUCAGUUUGACAUUAUUCUUGAUCUCACGUCUUUCAUCGUGUCAUCCCAAUUACCGAUGCAAUGGCUCAAGUUUACCUUUGAGGUCAUACCUUCUGAUAUUCGCGGACGAAUCCGAACAGCUCACCUGGUGACACCCAACGCGCUGGCCCUGAGAUAUAUGCGGAGACUAUAUAAUUUAUCUACAGGAAUUCAUCUGGCGGCCGAUUACAAGACCUAUGCCUCAGUCGAUGAGUUACUGCGCUGUUUACCUGAGGGAAUACGUCUGCCUUCGUUGGACUACGCAAUUCAGAUGGAAGAAGAGCAACGAAUGCACUUCGGAGAUGUGACAAUGCGGCAUGCCCAUCCAAUGCGAGUACCUGUUUCUUUGGAGAUUGCCCAAAGUCACCUACGCAUUACGACUAUGAAAGCUCAAACAAUAGGUGGUUCAUUAACUUGCAAGGCUACAGAGAUUGUACCUUUGUCGGAAGUCAAUGAUGUCUACAAUGUUUCAACCGGCCACGACAACAAUGAAUUUAUCAUUCGAAAGAUACGACAGGGUGUGACGAUGUAUUUCUCAUCCACAGCUCGAGAUGCGAUUGUAAAGGCCAUCAGGGCUGCUAAGAACAGUCUCCGAACUAUUCAGCUUCCUGGGACGGAGCGACUGUCUAGGUUUUCGAAUGUUGUCGCAACGUUACUGCAUGUGGGAAUGAUCGGUAUCAACUCCACAGAUGAAGAGGUCAGGAUCGCUGGUAACGAGCUGUUGCAAGCUGUUUGUACCUAUCUCGACUUCGAAGGAAAGCCUAUCAUCACUUCAAAAAUCAAUGGUUUUCCGGGUCCCCUCCUGGUGUUACUUAGCGAAUCGUUAGCAAACUUUGCUCCCCACCUCACACUGGAUUUUAUUACCGAGGUGUCACAAGUCAUGAGUAAAGAGUCUGUUCCGGACAGAAUCAUGAGCUUACAUUAUUUGGCGCCCUGGGUGAAAAAUCUCGCCUGCUUCGCCAAUCCUGCGAGCAAAUAUUACGAGCCUUCUGCUUCAAAGUUCCGAGAUUGUGUACGGGUACUCGUGGAUCUAACCAUGUCCGAUGAUGAGCUUCAUUUCCUGACCCAAAAGUACAUUUGGGCUGAAGUUGGAAAGCUUGAUAGCAAUGUGGUCAACGCAGUGUUAGAUGAAUUGAUGCGCGCAGCUGUCGAUGGAGGGGAGGGCUCUCUGAGAUGUGAAAGGGUCGCCGAUACAAUGGGUGCUAUCUCCUCAAUUAAUGUGCGCGGAAGAAUAUUGUCGAGAUUGCGCAAGGUCAUUGGCAAAACGUCGACGAAACCAACGAAGAGUCUGGCAGAUAAUGUUCACUGGAACGAAGUCUCAUGUCUUUUGCGACUGGCCUUAGUUGCUGGGCACCACUGCAAGAACGCUGUCCAAAGUCAAUUGUUCGUACCGGAGACCGUCCAUCUUGUCAUUCUCACAGCCGGAAUAGGCCAAGCUUCCGUCCGCACAUCCGUAUACGGUCUAGUGGUCAAUCUCCUCAAUACCCUGUACACAGCUCGCAUCAUCGAUUCGACUGCCAGCCCGGAAAUCCAGCUGCUUUUGAGCGAAUGUGAGCAGCGGGAUACACUACGCUUGUUCGGAUUGUCACGACCAACUCCCACAAGCGAAUAUAUCAAUGUCGAUCCUGCUAACGACAAGUCAUACAUUGAUACUCUGGAAAGUCUUGUGCAGUUCCUUGGCCGAGUUCUCGAGACUAUAGCUGGAACAAAAGGUCUAUUGAAUGUUUGGCGUGCCCGGUGGAUGAGUUUGAUAACGUCGUCGGCUUUCCAGCUAUCUCCUGCGGUGCAAACACGCGCAUUCGUAGCCCUUGGCAUUCUUGCAACAUCUGACGUCGACGACGACUUGCUCUAUCAGAUGCUAGUGGCAUUCAAGACUGCCUUAUCACAAUCUAGCGAGAAUGAUACCACUUCUGUGGUCAGCAUGCUCCGUUGCAUUCGUAAUGUGAUUCCCGCACUGCCACGGAGCUCGCGGUAUGUCUGCCAACUCUUCUGGCUUGCUGUUGCUCUCCUUCAGUCAAGCCAUAUGGGAUUAUAUGUUGAGGCCAUCCACUUGCUCCGUGUCACCUUGGAGGUUAUGGACAAUCAACGAGCUUUCCAACAGAACGGCGUGGCCGCCACAUUGCUUGAGGGCCGUUCGCCAUUCGAAGAUGUGGCAUGCCAAUUGGAUCAACUUCUUGGUAUCUCUUUCGAGGCUAGUUUUUCCUUUUCCCUCGCCUCUAUUAUUUUCAAGGGUCUUAGACAUGCCAGCCUUCAAGAACCCGCCGAGGCUGCACUCAGGAGUCUACUAUCGAUCACUGUACGCUCAUGUGGCGAGAUAGAGCAUGCCGACGAUGGACCGGGUGGUCCCAUCUGCCAGGAGAUUCUAGGAUAUUUUCUGGCAUUAUUACCCCUCUCGGCAACUGUGAAAAGCUUCCGGAGACUAUUGGAGGAUAUAGGCGUACAUCAGUCUUGGUUCGAACAAGACUUUCUCUCGAAGGGUGACGACGACGAUGCCAUCCGCGGACUGCCGUUCGCUCUAUUCGGACUCGCCGAUGACACUAGCGCACUCUUCGUCACUUCCUUCGUUGGCGCGAUGUUGGGGACAGCACAGAGCGACGACUUCGAGUCGCAGAUUUUAUACACCCUACUAGCAGACAUAGCGGAUACGUUCCCAAACAUCAUCUGCAUCACAUACGAGAGCUUGCAGGACAAGAUUAAGGAUGCAUUUGGAAACUCUUCGAGUCCAGUGAUCUUGAACGCUGUCGCAAACAUAUUUAGGAUUGCCACGCAAGAUACGGAUCGACUGGCGGCCGCGCGGGGAUCGGCAUCGACACUUAGCGUUGAUGAGGGAGUAUCGCACGGCCCCGGACGCAGUCAUCUUCAUGCAUUAGAAGACCAAGGCAUGAAAGGGCUGGCAAACAACUUCCAAUUCCUGCCGCCAAAUCGGGGCCAUGCGACGAAGAUGAUGAACUGGAUCUCGGAGCUUGUGAUGAAGAUUAUUGAAUGA